UGGGUUGGUUUUCGAAGGCGAGACAAAGGCGCUGCAGAUGAUUGGCUCUCUUUAUGCGCGAGCUCGCCGUCAGCUCUCUCGCGCAGUCCGCGCUCCAUUCACAUGUAAAUCAGGCUCCAUAAAUGCAGCCCUUGGUCGCCCACUUUUGCACAAUACCCGCCUCGCUUGUUAGCACCGUGUGUAGACCUUUGUCUCAGACUGCGCUCGCCGGCCAUCUGCCCUCCAUUCAGCAGUCGUAACGGCACUGCGUGCUUGUUUGGAGCGCUCUCUCUCUCUCUCUCUCUCUCUCUCUCUCUGGAUAUCGGAAACACAGCAACAUGGCCCCUGCCUCCCGCAAUGGCAAGAGUGAGGAUGACUACUACGGGAUCAAAGGAGACAGAAAGACGAGAAAGCCGCUGGUGGAGAAAAAGAGGCGCGCCCGCAUUAAUGAAAGUUUGCAGGAGCUGCGCCUGCUCCUGAGCGACUCAGACGCGCAGACAAAGAUGGAGAACGCUGAAGUCCUGGAGAUGACCGUGAAGCACGUGGAAAGUAUUCUUCAAAACAGAGCGAAAGCAGCUGACAGCAUGAAUCGCGAGGCGAGUGAGCGCUUCGCCGCUGGUUACAUCCAGUGCAUGCAUGAGGUGCACACGUUCGUCUCCAGCUGUCCAGGUAUCGACGCCACCAUCGCGGCGGAUCUGCUCAACCAUCUGCUGGAGUGCAUGCCUCUGAACGACGAGGAUCGCUUCCAGGAUCUGCUCUGUGAUUUGAUGGGAGAGUGUGGGAACGCUGGGGCUUGGCCGGGGGACGGGAUCUACGCUGUGCUCUCCCCACGCGAAGCCAGUGCCACCGGCAGACCUUCAGCUCUCUCCCCGUCCCCGUCCAGCACCUCAAGCGACGACCUGUGCUCAGACACCGACGAGACCGACACCGAGCACAGUCACGUGGACAGCCGGGACGCUCAGGAUAACCUGCCCACUGUGUUCUACUCUAAAUCUGUAUGGAGGCCCUGGUAGACCUGGACACAUGCCUUAAACAUAGCAGUGAGAUGUAUGCAACAGAACGUGUGUAGCUGUUAGUGCGCAGGCUAUUAUGUAGUUCAGAAAGACUGGACAUGUGUGAGAUUUUAGCUGGGAAUGAGAAGUGUCUGUAACAGUUCUGAAAAGCUCUUCAUGGUGAAACAGCCUUGUAUCAACCUAACAACACUGCAACAUCAGCAUCUUUGUAGCCUAUUUAAAUGUUUUUGUAUAAGCUAAAUUAAGACACUGAUCUGAUGAGUAUUUCUAGGAAGUGCUUAUCUGUAUCUUAUUAUUGUAGACAGAAAUGUAAAUAUUUCAUUGUUGCUGUAGAUAUAUUGAUGACUUAUGCAUAUUCUUCAUUAAAAACAUCAACACUCA